CGCCGGGACAGACCGCGAGCGGGAGCGACCUCGAGCAUCACCCGCGCCCUCCGCUCCUCCUCGGGAAGGACCUCGGCCGAACGAGCCCCGCAGCCUCUCGCCGCCCGGCCCUCGCCUCCGUGCCGCCCGGCCCGCCGCACCCGUCGCCCGACCCAGCCGCCGUCCGUCCGCCCGCUGCGCCCCGGUGUGUCGGCGUCUUCGCUUCCGCGCUCGCCGGGGACUCCUGCGCGCCACCAUGAGCUCCCGCACGGCCAGGACGCUCUUCACCGCCGUCACCCUCCUCCAGUUUGCCCGGCUGGCGCUCUCCUGCCCCGCCGCCUGCGACUGCCCCCUGGAGGCGCCCAAGUGCGCCCCGGGAGUCGGGCUGGUCCGGGACGGCUGCGGCUGCUGUAAGGUCUGCGCCAAGCAGCUCAACGAGGACUGCAGCAAAAUGCAGCCCUGCGACCACACCAAGGGGCUGGAAUGCAAUUUCGGCGCCAGCUCCACCGCUCUGAAGGGGAUCUGCAGAGCUCAGUCGGAGGGCAGACCCUGUGAAUAUAACUCCAGAAUCUACCAGAACGGGGAAAGUUUCCAGCCCAACUGUAAACAUCAGUGCACAUGUAUUGACGGCGCCGUGGGCUGCAUUCCUCUGUGUCCCCAAGAACUUUCUCUCCCCAACCUGGGCUGUCCCAACCCCCGACUGGUCAAAGUUAACGGGCAGUGCUGUGAGGAGUGGAUCUGCGACGAGGACGGUGCCAAGGACCCCAUGGAGGACAGGGACGACCUCCUGGGCAAGGGGCCCACAUUCGAUGCCUCAGAGGUGGAGUUAACGAGAAACAACGAGUUAAUUGCAUUUGGAAAAGGUGGCUUCCUGAAGCGGCUCCCCGCUUUUGGACAGGGCCCUCGCAUCCUGUACAGCCCUUCUCUGCACGGCCAGAAAUGUAUCGUCCAAACAACUUCAUGGUCCCAGUGCUCCAAGACCUGUGGAACUGGUAUCUCCACACGCGUGACCAAUGACAACCCGGAAUGCCGCCUGGUGAAAGAAACCCGGAUUUGUGAGGUGCGGCCUUGUGGACAGCCCACGUACAGCAGCCUGAAAAAGGGCAAGAAAUGCAGCAAGACCAAGAAAUCCCCAGAACCGGUCAAGUUUACUUAUGCUGGAUGUUCAAGUGUGAAGAAAUACCGGCCCAAGUACUGCGGUUCCUGCGUGGACGGCCGAUGCUGCACGCCCCAGCAGACCAGGACGGUGAAGAUGCGCUUCCGUUGUGAAGACGGGGAGAUGUUCUCCAAGAACGUCAUGAUGAUCCAGUCCUGCAAAUGCAACUACAACUGCCCGCAUGCCAGUGAGGCCGCGUUUCCCUUCUACCGGCUGUUCAAUGACAUUCACAAAUUUAGGGACUAAAUGCCACCUGGGUUUCCAGCACAAGGGUGGACAAAACGGGGAGAAGAGUGCCGGAAUCAUGGAGACAUGGGUGGGGGCGGUGGGGGUGAAGGGACUCAUUGUAGAAGGGAUGCAUUGCUCAUUCGUGAGUAGUAUUAAGGUAUUUUGAAACUGCCAGGUGUGCUGGUGCAGAUGGACUCUAAUGCAGCCGCCAUUGGAGAAUACUUUGCUUCAUAAUAUUGGAGCACAUGUUACUGCUUCAUUUUGGAGCUUGUGGUGUUGAUGACGUUCUGUUUUCUGUUUGUAAAUUAUUUGGUAAGCGUAUUUUCCUCUAGGCUUUUUUCCUUUCGGUUCUGCAAUUGUAAGAUAGUAGGAUUAGUGGGACAGUGAAAGCCUUCAUCCUCUGACAGAAGUAACCGGGAGGGGUUUCCUUCCUUCCCGAAGGGGACACUCUGUGAGUGUCCGUGAGAGGCAGCUAUCUGCACUCUAAACUGCAAACAGAAAUCAGGUGUUUUUAAAACUGAAUGUUUUUAUUUAUCAAAAUGUAGCUUCCGGGGAGGGUGGGGAAAUGUAAUACUGGAAUAAUUUGUAAAUGAUUUUAAUUUUAUAUUCAGUGAAAAGAAUUUAUUUAUGGAAUUAAUCAUUUAAUAAAGAAAUAUUUACCUAA